GAGAGAGAGAGGGAGCGGGAGAGAGAGAGAGCGAGAGAGAGAGAGCGAGAGAGAGAGAGAGAGAGAGAGAGAGAGAGAGAGAGAGAGGGAGAGAGAGAGAGAGAGCACAGAAGCAACAGUCUAUCAGCAGAAGCGAGGAGAGGAAGCAACGAAACAAUAUCUCUGCUGGAUUUCAAAUCGCAUUAAUCAAUAAAAUAAAUAAACAACAGAAUUAUUUACCGUGAUGCAAACGACAAGUAGAGACUACGAGACCACGCCUUUUUAGUUGUUGCUGUUGUUCUGGAAAUUAAGCGGCUGAGGUGACUAAUUAAAAAAAAAAGAGAGAGAAAGAAAGAAGCGAAAGAAAAAGAAAAAAGCAACGGAUGUGUACUAAAACGCUGAACGCAAGAGCGGCCAUAAAAGAUCAUUGAAAAAUAAACAGACAGAGACCGAAGGAGCGAGAAGAGAGACGGAUUUAUCUGAGCUACAACAACGCGCGAGGAUACACACACACAAAGCUAAGGCUGGAUAUUUUGUAUCUGUACAUAUGUAUGUAUGUAUAUCUGUGUGCAUGUAGAUGUGUGUGUGCGCGCAAAGGAGAGAGAGAGCCUUAAAGACAAUACAGAACGUACCUGAACUUAACUUAUAAGCGAACUCACUACAGACCUUGAAGUUCAUAGGUGUGGUCAAGCAACCGCUCCGGAUGUAUCCUUUACCGGAGAGGGCUUUUACUAUCUUCAAUCAAGCACCGAGACUGACGGAAACUAAAUAGGAGGACCCCCCUUAUCCACCCCUACCCCCCUCCCCUCCCCCCUUCACCCACCCCUCUCCUCCGAUAUCCCCAAAAAAAUGGACAGCGCGGAGCAGCUGGGGCAAGAGGCACCGAAGCAGCCGUCUUUCACCACCCUCCUCCCCCCUUCUCCGUCCCCUCAUCACCACCAACAGAUGCCGCCAGGGGAGAAGAGCCUGCAAGCGCCGUCAUUGCUCCAGCAACAGCACCCGUUGGCCCCCCCCGUCGGCCCGCUGGGCAACCAUCAGCUCCAGACUCCCGCCUCCGCCCCAGCCGUUUCGUCCCCUCCCGGCUGCAGCUGCGGACUCGGGGGGCUGAGCUUCGGGGGUCUCGGUAGGGGGCUAGGGGGAGGGGGCCUCCACCAGCUUCUCAGCAACUCCACAUCUGCCUCUUCCAGCAACGCGUCUCCAGCCCUGCCUCGGUCAUUCGGGGUCCCGCACCCGCUCCAGCUCCCUCUGCUCAACUCCCCGUGCUUCGGUUCUCAAAACGCGCUCCACCCUUUGUCCAGCCGGCCCGGGAGCCAGCAAAACCUGAGCGACUUCCAGCUGCACCACCCUCCUCAUCAUCACUCGACCGGCCUGUCCCCGACCUCUGGGGCUGGAGAGAGGCUGUGCGGGGGAGGAGGGGUAGGGGGUGGGAUUGGAGGGGUAUGCAGCGGUGGCGGAUGCACUACGGGCAAACACAGGCAAGCCAGCCCCCAGGUCCAGCGGCGGGACAGUAACCCCUUCACGGAGAUAGCCAUGAGUUCUUGCAAGUAUAGCGGAGGGGUGAUGAAGCCCCUCAGCCGACUCAGUGCCUCCCGGAGAAACCUUAUCGAAUCCGAGCCCGAAUCUCAGCCCAUGCAGGCGCUGGGCUCCGGGGUGCGGGCUGGAGGGAGCAGCAGCACCCCCGAGAUCGUCAUCUCGUCCAAAGAGGAGCUCCGUCCGAUCCUCAACGCCAGUCAAAGCCACAAUAGUCAGAAUCACACCGGCGGGCCCGGGAGCGGCGCUGGCAGCGGCUCGAAUUCCACCGGUACCGUCACCCAGGGCACCGCCGCCUCCAACAACCGGGGCGGCAGCAGCUACUCCAAAGCCAACAAGAGAAAAAACCAAAACGUGGGCUACAAGCUGGGCCGCCGGCGAACCUUGUUCGAGAAACGGAAACGGCUCAGCGACUACGCGCUGAUUUUUGGGAUGUUUGGCAUCGUCGUCAUGGUGAUCGAGACCGAACUGUCGUGGGGCGUUUAUACCAAGGGCUCCAUGUAUUCCUUGGCUCUGAAGUGUCUGAUCAGCCUGUCGACGGUGAUCCUGCUGGGGCUCAUCGUGGCUUACCAUGCAAGGGAGGUGCAGCUCUUCUUGAUCGACAACGGCGCUGAUGACUGGCGCAUCGCCAUGACGUACCAGCGCAUCUUCCUGAUCUCCCUGGAGAUGCUGGUGUGUGCUGUGCACCCCAUCCCGGGGCAGUACCGCUUCCUGUGGAGGGCGCGGCUCGCCUUCUCCUACACCCCGUCCCAUGCUGACGCUGACGUGGACAUCUUCCUGGCCAUCCCCAUGUUCCUGCGGCUGUACCUCAUCGCCAGGGUCAUGCUUCUCCACAGCAAGCUCUUCACAGACGCCUCUUCACGCAGCAUCGGGGCGCUCAACAAGAUCAACUUCAACACCAGAUUCGUGAUGAAGACCCUCAUGACAAUCUGUCCCGGGACAGUGCUCCUGGUCUUCAGCAUCUCACUGUGGAUCAUUGCAGCCUGGACUG